CGCAUACAAAAUGCCGACGCUUAGCAUAUCCUAUACGUCCUUCCACGCCAACUUACGUCAUUUUACGUCAUUUUACGUAGCACACUUCAAAGCUCGCGGCGCCAAUAAAAUGAGCAAGUGGAGAGUCGAAAAGGAGGACCGUUGCAGUGUUUGUAGCUCUAACUCUCUCGCUAAAGGUUUGUGUGAAGCUUAUUAGGCCCUCAGAAGUGAAAAUGGCUCUGGACUAUCCAUUCCUGAACCUCUCCGACAUGCUGACAUCCACAGCCUCUUGCACCGACUCGACAAGCAUUUUGUCCAGUAAUAUCGUCUCCUCUUCUCUCUUCGUCGCUGACGGCUUGGAUCCAUGCGUCCCUCCUCCUCUUCCUCCGCAUCUCAGGGGUGUCGGCGGCUGGACCAGCGCACCAAGCUACCCUCUGCAUACUCACAAUUCCGUUUACACCAGUCCUCCGCCGCAUCUGCAGCUCUCCACGCCGGAGAGCAGUCCGCAAACUGUUUUCCCGCACGUUUACCCUCCCCAGCAGCCCCUGACCUGCGACAUUCCUCCUGGACUCCAAGUCCCUCCUAACACUACUCUCCCGCCGGUUCGAGACUUCUUCUUCCGCGGGUCUUCGCUGGAGGAGAGUCCAAUAUCGUCUCCGGGAGACCUCGAGCGAGAGAACACCACAUCCACCGCUGCAAGCACCACUAACUAUGUUGGAAUGGGUGUGGAGCAGCAGAAACUUGGGUUCAACAGAUCCUGUUCUCCUCUGGCUGGCCUGGGAAUCAGCUGCAGCUUCGAUUCCACCAGCAGUUCUGGAGACGACGAGUCAUUGAUCUGUCACCCAACUAGUCGCCACCCCACCAAGCUGGUUCCAGAUGGAGUCAAGAUGCCACAGAGAAAAGGAGGCAUGCAGCUGUGGCAGUUUCUCUACUCCAUGCUGAACGACAAGAACAGAAAGUACCGUAAUCUCAUCGAAUGGACACACACGGCAAAAGAAAGGCAGUUUCGGUUGCUGGAGCCCGACGCCAUAGCUGUCUGGUGGGGCCAUCACAAGAACAAGCCAAACAUGAGCUACGACAAGCUGAGCCGGUCCCUGAGGUACUACUACGACAAGGGAAUCAUACGGAAAAUCAGUGGAGAGAGAUUUGUCUACCGUUUCUGCAUCGAUCCAGAGGUGAUGUACAGACAUAUGGGCACCUCCAACGCUCGUCCGCAGCUCAAACCAAUGCCGCAGGAUGCAAAAGUGGCACUCAACAGCAAAGAAUGCUCGGUUACUGGCGCAUCUCCCUGCAUCGCAAAGGAGCCUGAAACGCUCACAAUGACUUCCGGAAGCACCGUAGAACAGAUUCCGAGCAACUACUCUCCUCUCUUCCCUCCCAGCACCUUCCACAAUUCCCUCCCCGUCCCCUCCAACUCCUCUUUCACCGUCUCUAGCGGUGCCUCGGGCAUGAGGCGAUGUCAUUCCUACGAUAGCACGUGUCGCUCAGCUGUACUCAGUCCAUCGCAGACCCCCAGCCCUGGCAGCUGCUACGACAGCUACCCUUCGCUCUACAGCAAUUCUUUCCAGACUUACUUCACCAGCAACCGCUCCCCCGGUAGCUGUUCCCCUCCUCACUCUGCCCCCCUGGAUGAAUACCCCUAUGUCCCCUUCACCGACUUCCCUCGUAAAGACUUCACCGAUUCUUUCCCAAUGUUCUCCCUCCCUGCCCCACCUCUGCUUGUCGACCAUCCCAUUCCAGCUUUUGCAUCAGACUUCUAGUGUUUCACUUCGAUUAUCCAAGUCCCAACAUCUUACCGUUAUUCUUUCUGUUAUCCCCAAUCGCUUCCCACUGUUAUUAUUGACAAGAAGAAUACUUCAUUCUUCGCUCAUUUUUGUAUUAAUGUGAAAUUCCUAUCAUGAUAUCUUUGAUUGUUGAAGCUGAGAUUAUGUGCAGUACACCUAAUAUAAUAUUGACACACGUGCGCAAUGCUCAUGCGUGCCAAAUCAGAAUACCGCAAUCUACAGGCCAUUAGCAGAGAUCCUAGAAAUGUCGGCACAAGCAAACCCUGGACAUCUGCUAUGGCAAGUGCUCCCACAACCAUGGUCUAUAAUAUAUCCUAGAACACCAGUAGCAAAGAAUGCACCUUAACUGUGGAAGAGAUGAAAGAUGAAAAAAAAGGAGUG